CGAACAAAAAAAAUGCGCACAGCUUGAAUUACACAAGCUAAGUUAAGCUAAGCUAUAUUGUUGAUCAUCUUUCAUACCACCUCCUUUGAAAAAAAAAAAAAAUUAUAACAACAAAAGGAAGUGUUUAGUUAUUGCUUGAUCAUCAUAUAACAUCAAUAUGGCAGCAAGUGCAACAACAAUGUUGCUGAAAUACCCAACAACUGUAUGUGGUAUACCAAAUUCAUCAUCAAACAAUGAUACUUCAAAUAACAUCGUCCCAAUUCCACAAACUAGUACUAAUAAUCCGGUACUUAAGUUUCGUACCCCUAAUAAAACCAUUAACGCCGUCGCUGCCCCGGCUUUUCCUUCUUUAAACACCACCACUACUCCGCCGUCAAUUCAAUCACUUGUCCAGGAAUUCGAUCCGAGGAUUCCGGCCGAGGAUGCUCUUACGCCUCCUAGCUCUUGGUAUACUGAACCUGCUUUCUAUGCUCAUGAACUUGACCGUAUCUUUUACAAGGGAUGGCAAGUCGCAGGGUACAGUGAUCAAAUUAAGGAGCCUAACCAAUAUUUCACCGGAACGUUAGGAAAUGUUGAAUAUUUGGUGUGUCGAGAUGGUGAAGGUAAAGUUCAUGCAUUUCACAACGUUUGCACCCAUCGUGCUUCGAUUCUUGCUUGUGGAAGCGGAAAAAAAUCGUGUUUUGUAUGCCCUUACCAUGGAUGGGUAUUUGGCAUGAAUGGAUCGCUUACAAAAGCUUCCAAAGCAAGCGAAGAACAGUCACUUGAUCCCGAUGAACUUGGGCUUGUACCCCUGAAAGUUGCAGUAUGGGGCCCAUUUAUACUCAUCAGUUUGGACAGAUCAAGCCUUGAAGUAGAUGAUGUUGGAUCUGAAUGGCUUGGUAGUUGUGCUGAAGAUGUUAAGGCCCAUGCUUUUGACCCUAAUUUGCAGUUCAUCAAUAGGAGUGAAUUUCCAAUGGAAUCUAAUUGGAAGAUUUUCAGUGACAACUAUUUGGAUAGCUCGUACCAUGUUCCUUAUGCACACAAGUACUAUGCUACUGAACUCGACUUUGAUACUUACCAAACUGAUAUGAUCGGAAAUGUCACGAUUCAAAGAGUGGCAGGGAGUUCAAACAAUGGUUUUAAUAGACUUGGAUCUCAAGCAUUCUACGCUUUUGCAUACCCUAACUUUGCUGUGGAAAGGUAUGGCCCUUGGAUGACAACAAUGCACAUUCUUCCAUUAGGACCAAGGAAAUGCAAAUUAGUGGUGGACUACUAUAUUGAAAAAUCAAAGCUGGACGACAAGGAUUACAUCGAGAAGGGCAUAGCAAUCAAUGAUAAUGUACAGAAAGAAGAUGUGGUGUUGUGUGAAAGUGUCCAAAAAGGGUUGGAGACACCAGCGUAUCGUAGUGGAAGAUAUGUGAUGCCAAUUGAGAAAGGAAUCCAUCAUUUCCACUGUUGGUUGCACCAAGUAUUGAAGUGAUUGCAUCAGAUCAGAUGUUCGUUUCUUAAUUUCCUUUUAUUGGAAUUGGAUGAUUAUUAUAAUAAUAAGUAAAAUUAUAAUGUCAUGUAGUUGAGAUUGUUGCUAGAGUUGAGCGUAUGCUCCUCAUGCACUUAGUUAUCAAGUGUGUAUGUGUUUGGUCAUGGGCAAAAUGUAUUUUCUUGCUAGAAUUUGUUAUAUUAUGGUGCUAAUGUCCAAUAAUAUAAAUAAACACCAUUGCACCCCUUUCCCUACUUGAGAAAUUAUAUCCCAUUUAUUUUCAGGGGAUCUAUGAGAUAAUUGUCUAUGAACAUUAA